GAGAUAUGUGUGAAUGUGUCAAAAUAAUUGCAUGCCUUUAUCAUUAUUGUGAUUGUUUAAAGACAAGAGUCUUGGGUUUGAUGAGUAGUUAGGAUUAUUUAAAGUUAGGGCUUCAGACCUUAUAGGGCAACACAUAAAUUGUGCAACACACAUGGUUGCUAUGAAGCUAUACUCUUAUGCAAGAACUGUAUUUCAGUGGGCUGCCACCAUGUAAGGAUUGCCUCUAUAUUCAUUCAAGAUUUUAAUCACCAAUAACUUUUUGAAAAUCAAAUGACUUUACCGUUACUGCUCAAAUUAUGAAAAUGACCCACUUUGUUGAAAGGUCAUACAGAUAUACAUACACAGUAUGGCAGUCUGCAAGUGGCACUGACACCAAUUUUUGAUCCCCCGUGGGGGUCUGACGGACUUCAGCCUAACCCAGGGAUAGGGUUACCACACUGACUCCAGUUGUUAUUAAUACGCUCCAAGUGGGCCUCUGUUUUGCUAGCGACAUAAACACAGCCGGGAGAUUCUUUAAACCACCAACAAAUUCAACUUACCGUCUCUUGAAACUGCCAUCUUCAAACUGCUGGGUAUGGACAAUCAGGAGAAGGCACCAACUGAGGAGCCACCCAUUCAUUUUGUUGAAGACAUUAUACAAAGCACUGAUGAUGGCAUUUUGGACAGCGACAUUUCAAAUCUGGACAAGCCAGAUAUGGAGAAUGUUGGACAGAUGUUUGAGGACUGCAUCGAGCAAGUGUCCAAUCUAGAGAUACGGAGAGAAGAGUUGAUACAAAUGUUCCUGUUUCUGCAGAAGCCCAUGAUGCGAAUUGUGGAUGAUCUGAGGGAAAAGCUGAUGGAGAAGCGGAGACUAAUCACCCUGGCUCAGAUAGAUCAUGCGGAUGUGUUUCAGGAAGUGCAGCAGGUGAAGAGGAAACUCUUCAACACUGCCAGAGACUGUAUCCGCAGUCAGGUGAUGCUGGCUGAGCAAAAGUACCAACUGGCUCAAGCUGCUCUAACAAAGGAGGAGCUCAAGGCCCAAGUCCAAUGUCUGACAGAGGAGUUGCUUCAGCUCCAGGAGUCCCACCGAAAUCAUCUGAACUCUUUAAGGGAUCAGGCCAAGAACCCGUGUAGACCAAGAGCCAUGAGCGAUGUCACCCUAUGCCGGCAAGCUUCUACUCGUCUCCAGCGCCGGCUCAGCGUCAACCUUCAGGAAUUGGAGGGCUGGUACGAGCCCCGACUUAUAGCCCUGCUGAAAAGGAAGCAGUUUGGAGAGAAGGCCUUGAGAGUUAGCAAGGAGCAGGCAGCAAGCUUAAGUGCACAACUGGAGCCCCUAAAACAGGAAGUACAAAAACUGGAGGAGCGAAGGUUCUGUCUGGAGCGAAGGAUCAACCUGAUGCAGCGGGAGAGGGAAGAGAUGAUCACACAACACAAGGAAGCUGAGGAGGAACUAAAACAGGCUCUGGGAAAACUAGUACUGGACUUUGAGGUUCAAAAGAGACUUAAAAGCGACUUGGAGGCUCUCAUAAAUUAUAUUGUUGAAGAGAUGGGAAAUCUCAGAGUCUGUGAUGAAGCUACAGCAGAAGAACAGCCAAAUGAUUCAACCUCCUGUCAAUCCACCUAAUGUUGAACAGCUUUGCAUGAAAUUUGUUUUAUAAAGGUAAAGAAAAUACAAUGCAUGAAGUCUGUUGUA